GUUUUAGACAUUACUAUCCGAACUAUUUCGCUUCUCGGAUGUAGCUACUCCAUUACCCGCCCCUCAGCCUGUUUCCUCAGAUUCAUCCGCGGUGGGUAAAGCGCGCUUGAAGAGGAAGAGACCCGCGCUUCUCCAGAAGAAACACGCUGUCGUUGUGCGCGUGCAAACGGCGCUUCAAACAAUACAGGAAGGUGAAGGUAUAUCAGUGCAGAGAUGUCUGGUAGUAGUGUGAUCCGCGGCCCUGCUGGAAACAACGACUGCCGCAUCUAUGUGGGGAAUCUGCCCCCUGAUAUCCGCACUAAAGAUGUCGAAGAUGUGUUUUAUAAGUACGGAGCCAUUCGAGACAUCGAUCUGAAAAACCGACGAGGUGGACCUCCAUUCGCCUUUGUCGAGUUUGAAGACCCAAGAGAUGCUGAAGAUGCUGUUUAUGCCCGUGAUGGCUAUGACUAUGAUGGCUAUCGUCUUCGAGUGGAGUUUCCCAGGAGUGGCAGAGGAGGUUUCGGCGGUGGUGGCGGAGGUGGAGGUGGCGGUGGUGGUGGUGGUGGUGGUGGGGCUCCUAGGGGUAGAUAUGGACCCCCCUCCAGACGUUCAGAGUACAGAGUAAUCGUAUCAGGGCUUCCACCGAGCGGCAGCUGGCAGGAUCUGAAGGAUCACAUGCGUGAAGCAGGUGAUGUAUGUUAUGCUGACGUUUUCCGAGAUGGAACUGGUGUGGUGGAGUUUGUUCGCAAAGAAGACAUGACCUACGCCGUCCGCAAACUGGAUAACACAAAAUUCCGGUCACAUGAGGGAGAAACUGCAUACAUCCGUGUGAGGGUGGAUGGUCCCCGCAGUCCGAGCUACGGAAGAUCAAGAUCAAGGAGCCGCAGUCGCAGCAGGAGUCGCAGCCGCAGCAACAACCGUAGCCGAAGCUACUCCCCGCGCCGCAGCCGAGGAUCCCCGCAGUACUCGCCGCGCCAUAGCCGUUCCCGCUCUCGCUCCUAAACCAGCCCUCUCGGAGCCCUUGAACCAUUUGUUUUUAGUCUUUACACAAACCCCAUGUUUUAAUUCCACCGUUCUUGUUUCAUGAGACAAUGAUCAUCUUAUGAAUGUCUUUCUGUCUUUUUUUUAUUUUUGUUUUUCUCUCCCUGCAUUGGUUAUUUUUAAACAUGCAUUUUUAACCAACUCUUUGAUUUCUCUUCCCAUUACUUUUUUUUUUUUUUUUUUUUUAAUACAAAGUGGAAGUCUUUUUUUCAUAGACCAAACAAAGGGUUAUGUAAUGGCUCCCAAUAUUUUUGUAAAUGCCAUGUAUGAAAGUUAUUCAUGGGAUAGUGGGUUCCUCAAUUGUUUUAUGCUGUCUUCCUCUAGAUGUGACACCGAACUGAUGCUUUGUAAUAAAGGAUUGCUAAAUCUAA